AUGACAAUUGGAGCAACUGUGCGAAGGAAGACAGUAGCUGCAGCCCGUCAAUGGCGGAAGCUGCAUUUUAAAACACUUCGGAAACAACUACUAACACCACAUGCUGGUGAAAUACGGUUACCAUUGGUUUCCCGGGAAAUUGACCAGGCGCCCCAACCCACAAUAACUAUAAAAGUGGAAACAAAUAAUGAAGACUUGUUACGACAGUGUCAACUAGAAUAUUUUGGAUUUUUUCAUCCUAUUUCCACAAAUAAUUCAAUUAAUUCUACUAACAGUGAAAUUUGUAUUCAUGUUGGACCCCCAAAAUCUCUUGGAUGUCCUUAUACUCUCACUUCUGAGGCUGAUAAUUUUACUGAAGCAGUUAGACGAAGUGAGGAAAAAUCUGUUUGGGAAGAAACUGAUAUCGCGGAAGUUCCGCACUCAACACGUUGGUUAACACAACCACUUAUAGAUGGAUUUAUCUCUCGACGAGUGACUUCACAUGUUGGCUUGAAUACUGAAACUAUGUCGCAUACACUGAUGAUGGCCCGAAAAUUAAACCUAGGACUCUCACCAUAUGAACUUUCACCGUACUACUUUGCUAACGAUCUAUUGUCUUCGUGGGGAAUAUUUAGCUCUACUGAAUCUUUAAACUCAGAGAUUAGUGAAGAUGAUGUGAGUCGACUUGUUAAUCUCGCACAUGCUAGCGCUGUACUCCCUUUGUAUCGUUCAGUUUGGUUGAACGGAUCAGCUCUGUGUGAUGACAAUGGAAAUGCCGUUCUUAUUCUUGGAUCAAGAAAAAGUGGGAAAACCACUCUUGCCUUACAUUGUUUAGCUAAUUCAUCGUCUUCUCUUCGUCUAAUAGGUCUUGAAAAUUUUCAUCUUGCACCAUCAACUGCUGUUGUAAAUAGAUCAACAAGCGGAGACGGGUCAAUAUUUCUUCUGAUGGGUAUUCCUUCAUCUGCAAAAGUGGGCAUAGGUGCUAUUAUAGGAACACUUCGUCCAAAUCCAAUAUUAGCACAGGUUUCCCAGGAUUUUAACUAUUCUACAAGUAUCAUUCAUAAAAUUCUGCAAAAUAGUGAAAAUGUAAUAUGGAAUAUGGCAUCUCGAUACCAAGUUAAUAUCAGUGAAGCAUUUGGGUCCCAACGUUGGUCUCCUACUUGGUUUGGACGACUUAAAGGUAUAGUUGUUUUGAAUUGGGACAUCCAAGAACUAUCACUUCCACAGUCAAGUAUAAACCCGAAAUGUUUUCAACAUCAAACAAUAUUAGAUAAACAAAAAACGUUAACAGCUAUUGCUGAAAAAAGUAGUACUGCACUUUUCAAGGGACAUUACCUUAUUCGUUCUACUUAUGAUGAAUCUAGCGCAUUUGAAGCCCUGGAUAGCAUACUAUUCACAGGUAAAGGGUCUGAAACACCUCCAGUAUACGAAUUAACAGGCUCUGUUAGUUUUGAUAUGGCUGUUCAGCUAAUAUGCCGACAUUUACUAAAGGACAGCACCUAA